AUGUCUCUCCGGGGGCCUGUACGGCAGUCUCACCUUAGGCAGGUAAGUGCUGCCAGCUUGGAGACCAUUUCAACGGUCCGCUCGGUCGAGGCGUCGCAUCGUGAACAUGGCCCCACGCCAGACGACCGAGUUGUUCGGCUCUCGUCCGCCAGCUUGACCCGCCGUCAGUGCACCCUUUGGGUCCACGAUGAAAUGUUCGCGCGAGAGGAGAUUCUUCUCAACCAAUCGGCAUUUGGCGAAUCUGGAAUCCACGUUGGCGAUGUGGUGGAGAUCCUUCCCGUCAGGGCAUCUGGCAACCCAGUCCACUCCACCCUCAAGCCCGAGGCAGGUGUGAAGGCAGUCCGGGAAGGCCAUGGAGAUGCGAAUCCAAAUUCGCAAUCGGACAGCACAUCUAAGUUCAAAACACCGCUUCAAAGUCGAUGCUUAUUCGUGGUGAAACCCUUGCCACAAGACAUCAAAGCUCGCCAUCCCCAGUUAGAGAUCUCCGUGACAAACAGCGUCGCCAAUAUCUUUGGCUUCAAAAACAGAACUCAAGUCCUGGUUGCACUUGUAGAUCGCGAGCAAUGUGCUGCUUCCCAUGUGGACAUUGCAUUUCGCGAUCAGUUCAUGGUUCGUUCGGACAUGUGGAGGCUGGUCAUGUCGGAGCUUGCAAAUAAAAUCAUCUAUAAAGGACAGAAGAUCAUGUUCAUGGGCAGUAUCAAAGCAACCAUUAAAAAUAUCUUCAUUCGAGAGAAGAAGGUUCUAUCAGGCUAUUUCUCACCGCGUACCAUCCCUGUCUUCCGCAGCGAGUCAGCCAAGUAUGUCCUUUUCAUUCAGAUGUCAAGAGAGAUGUGGGACUUUGACUCUGAAGGAUCCGGUGAUAUCCUCUUCAGCCGAGUGAUCAAUGGCUUUUUACCGGAGCUUUUCAAACGCUGGCUUAAUUCAGACGCCAAGCACUUGGUCACCAUUGUACUUUUCACACGAGUCGAAUACGAUGCAUCAUCUAAUCCAAGCUUGUCCAAGCUCAAUACUGGCCAUCUCAGAAGCCAGUCUGCUCCGAAUAAUGUGCCAACCCGUGAUUUUUACCGGGUUGUGGUCAAUGAUAUGGCGAGCGGCCACUGGACUACUAUUCUCGACGAACUGAAGAAGAACUUCCGCACAUUCCUAAGGGAUGUGUCGAUCUUGAAAAACGACGAUCUAGAUGUUGCCGCUGGGACUGGCGUCAGAGUUCCGGGCAAACCGCAUACUGCAACGAUCGCUGGACGUCCCAGCACUGCUCUACGAGGUAAUAUUCUCGAAGCCAUUCAUCUUGCCUCGGCUCAUCUAGCGUAUGAUCACAUCGAUCGCGAUAUGGUCCACACGGGUACUUCGAUUAUUGUAAUUACCCCGGGGAGUGGCGUAUUUGAAGUAUCCUACGAGUCACUCGCUUCCACGACAGAGGCCUUGGCGAAUCGUGGGAUAGCCAUAGAUCUUGUGUGUCUAAGCCCUAUGCCUCUCCAUUCAGUGCCACUAUUCAAAUAUCGUGCCCCUGUUGAAAGACAGACGAGCGCCCUUUCUCCAACACCUGAAACACCCCAGGGUAACAUGUCACCUGAGAUACAUCCCUCGAUCUCGAGCCUUGUGAGCAGAUCAUCUUAUCUUUCUCCCGGAUCAUACCUCUCUGCGAGUCGGAUGCGAGAACGCGGCGGAACUCGGCCAGGUGAUUGGAGCUACGGUAUUCCUCAUUGGCUGGAUAUUUCCUAUUGGAACCCUGAAACGUACCGUGAAGCUCGACGUAUUCUCAAGAAUGACCCCAAUGCACCUAUUUCGUUCACUGUUACUCGUCCAUCGAAAGCUUUCAUUCCACGAGUCCGAAUGUAUGAGAUUCAAAUGAUGGGAGUAAUGGAAAGCGAACAGUCAAAUAUCUCUAUUCCCUAUCUUUUGGAGAGCCGCGAUAUCAGAAAAUUCCAUGGCAGCUGGGCUGGGCCCAGUUCGAACAAUCGCGGCCCAACAAGAUCCCGCUUUAUGCAACCGUCGUCUUUGAAGGUCCAGUAUAGCGAAAGUCUCCGACCAGAGCCAUUUCUGGAGAACGUUGCGGAUCCUAGUGAAAUACACACAAGGGGCAUGCCGAAGUCCCGAAAAGCUACCAUGGCGUGGAUGGAUCAGUAUGAUGAAAACAUUUUUUCGGCUACCCCUAAACGACGCCAAGGCCAGAAAUCGAGAACCAAGCGUCUCAGUGAGCCUGAGAUCCAGGGAGCAAAUGCACAUGAGCGGAUAUCUGCGCGAUCUAUCACGCAGAUUCGUGAACAUCAAACGAGCGCAAAUGAAAAUAAUCCAACUAUACGGGUCGGUCCACGGAGAAUAGACCCAUCAAACACGACUUCGCCGCAAAGCCCUCCUCCAAAGAGCCCCUCUCCGAAGAAGCCAGCAUUGAAGCCGGUGGCGGUGUCCCGGACAUCACGGAUAUCUCGAACAAUUAGCUUUGCGCUCCGUGGUCUAAGUGCCACUCCACCCAGAGCCCAAGCAAGCACAGGGGUCCAUGUAGAACAUGCAAAUGCGCAACUCAUGCCAAACCAAAGAGUGUUGGGCAGCACGUUCUCAGAUACGAAGAGCAUUGCCUCUUUGAGUCCUUCAGAAACCGCUUCUAUACCAACGGUCAUUGAUGCAUCCUCAAGGCCAUCGACGCCCCCGACUGUCACAGAGGAAAGUCGACCCACCCCGUCUAAGCCGAUUUCCAUCAAGGCGCCCGUGAAGAAGUCAGCAGAUGAUGCAGGACAACCGGAGCGAACAGAAACACAGGGAUCUCUUUCCACGUCGGUAGUAGAGGCCCCGUUCAACGAUGACAGCCGCGAGAAAAUAUCAAGUCGGUCACAAGACCAUAAGAUCGAGAUCACUGUCAAUAAUAGCUCGCGUGAUCUCUCAGCCAAAGGCUCCCCGGGUAAAGGGUUGUCUCCUUGGGUACGGUCUAUAAAUCCCUGCAAUACUCCUAAAGAUGUGCUACGCAACACCAGCUGGUUUGGUCGUUGGCAGCAUGCAUAUCCUCGUCCUCCGCACGUGGCGGUGGUCAAGUGGAAAAGCCUGAAAUCCCCCGCAGUAUUGCCGUUGACUACGGAAGAAUUCCCCACGGCAGCUGAGCUUGCUUCUGACUACUUGCAAACGCCAUACCGAGUCUUCCCGAACGAUGAUGCAGAUGGCAUUGAGGCGCCCAAGACGCGAGGCAUACUCUUGCGGGAAAUGAUCUCCCUUCGCCUGUCUCAUGGCUUUCAAAUAAUCAUCGGCAAAACUGUAGCAGAUGUUUCAGCCCAACCUGCUCUCGAAUUUUUAAAUGUGUUUGACACUCGAGGUUUGGAACGAGAUGGAGCUACAGUGUUUUUGUCGAAGGGCAAUGCUAUUCAUCGUCUCAUCUGUAUUGACGGUGGAGAGAUUGAGGUGACCCGAUUCACACAUCAAAAUUCUGCGAUGCUUACUUCCCCAAAGAAGGCGAACUUCACACUGUACCAACCGGCAAUGAGAACGAUUCUACGCAAGGAAUAUGAACUGAAGGAUUUCAAGCUAGAUCCCACCUCUGAGGAAUAUAACUGGAACUAUGCGGACAAUUACGUGGCUGGCCACCGGGACUACCUUCACAACCCAGCGCAGCAGUUGCAUUUCUGGCGAGUUCGUUACGUGUUAAUUCCGAUGCAAUUACAUCCCAAUUCGCGACGCCAUCUUCAGCCAUUUAAUGAAGACAAUGAGGAGGAAAUUCACUUGCUUGGCAUCAGCCAGCUGACCCAUAUCUGGCAGCGACACAAGUACGUGUCGCCUGAGGAAAAACGAUUUGAGACAUCUACAAAAAAGACCGAUGCAAACCCGCUCAAUAUCAUGUAUCAGACGCGAAAUCCAUCCGAGGUUGUCGCGGCGGAGCUUGAUCGUGUACUACUUACUGAUCCGGGUCUGGACAACCCCCCAGCUCAACUUUUACCCGAAUCGGAGCUGUUCGAGAGAUCUAGUAUCAAUCUAUCUACAUUGACACAAGCCAUUCAGGGUGAUAAAGGGGUGAGAAUGAUGGAUCGACGGUGGCAUUGGAGACUCCAUUAUAACUGUUUCAUUGGGUUCGAAUUCACGACCUGGCUGCUUCAAAGUUUCCGCGACAUUGAUACUCGAGAGGAAGCGGUUGAGUUUGGUAAUGAACUGAUGAAACACGGGCUCUUUCAACACGUCGAGAAAAGACACAAUUUCCGCGAUGGCAACUACUUCUACCAAAUUAGUGCUGAUUAUCGUGUUACACGCCCGGAAUCUCGAGGCAGCUGGUUCCCUCAGCUUCGCGGAGACAAAUCAGUGCCCUCAACACCUGCAAUUGGGACCGUGAAAGACUCGCCCUCUAGCUCCCAUACUCGGUCUAAUAGCUCUGACGAGCGUACGCCGGUCACACCAAAUACACCAUCCAAGACCAAAAACAAAGUCGCUAUUAUGUUGUCUAAAUCACUGAAGUAUGAUGUGGAUAAUCGGAAACGGUCGAAUCGACCCGAAGUAAUUGAUCUCCACUACGAUCGGCUACAUAAUCCAGAAAAUUGCUUUCACAUCGAACUCAGUUGGAUGAACACCACUCCCAAGUUGAUUGAAGAUACAGUGAUCUCAUGGGCCUCGACUGCAGAGAAGUUUGGACUCAAGUUGGUGCAAGUGCCAAUUGCUGAAGGUUGUGCCAUCGACAGGACACAACCUUUCCGGAAACCUUAUCGGGUCAAAUUGAAGACCCCGCCUCCUAAAGGGCCAGUUCAUACGUUCUUCAAUAAUGCAUCAUUUGCCCAACCCGGUCCUCCGGACAGUCUCUACUACCAGAAAGCCCUUCUGCGCAAAUUUGACUUUGUGCUAGACUUUGAAGCUAGCACUGCAUUCCCAGCCGAUGUGGAGGUCUCAUUUUCCUGGGGCAGGCCCGACUACAAAUAUCCGCAGUUCAUUCACCGAAGCGGUAGCCUCAUUGCCCAAAUCACAGACGAAGGUGAUUUCUUGCUCCUCGCUAACCGACUUGUCAGCACUCGCAGCGCUGCCAGUCGAGACGCGGGCCGCUUUGAGCACCAUAACCGAGCAGAAUACCGAGGUCGCGCAGCUACAUUCGAUCCUCUUGACCGUCUCUCGCCACGCCUGUCACCGCUCACGCGACCUCUGCAUGAAAUCGGCAGUCCGCUACCACAGCCUGGACUGAAGGACAUUGAUUCUGCAAACCUCUACCGGGCACCGGAGCACAUUCUCUAUGCCCUACAGGAGUUUUGCGAGGAUGCCGCGCAGCUGGAUCAAUUCUAUAGCGAGUCGCACAUCCGUCCAGCUUCGACCAAGGUCGAGCCAGCCACAGCAAAUCUCAUGGAUACAUCCAUUCCGUCGCUUGAGCUUCCUGCCAGUGUUGUCAGCCAUCAUAUCUCUCCUCCUCCCGGCUUGCCGUCCCGUGUUAUUCCAGCGUCUCGCGACCCGCGUGACGGGCUAAAGUCGCCGGAAGUUUUGCGAGCUCGGGCUCGGGGAGAAAGUCUGAGCUAUAAGGGCAGUCCCCGAAGCGGCAGCUUACGGCCACUCAUGUAA